AUGGCUCAAGCAAGACAAUCAUCAUCACCCCGAACACAACACUCUACCAAGGCUGUACAAAGCCAUGUUGCAAAUACUUCUUCUUGCAGUAGUAAUAGCAUGAGGCAAGCCAUGUUCAAACAGCAAGCACCACAACAGCUUAGUAAAAACCAUUAUAAUGGCAAUAAUAACAGCACCUCAAGUCCUCAAUCUCCUGCUUGUACAUCACCACUAGAUAGUCGGUUUCUAUACUCUCCAACAACAGCAACCACAAUUACAGUGAAGAGAGCGUUCACUAUGGUUCAACCUGAUGAAUCGGGAAAGCCUCCAACGGCGAUUGCAUCCAGUAUGAAUACUGCUACGGGUAAAUCCUCCACAACCAGUGGCGGUCAUAAUAUUGGAGAGCCUGCAAAUUGUGCAUGUUGUACAUCAUCUUCCUCUUCAAACCACAACCACAAUACUCUAACUGUAAACUCCUCAAUUACUCGAACUACACAUCAAGAAGAGGAUGUUUUUUCUUCAUACUUAAACAAUCAAAAGGAUACAACAUCAUUUAUUUAUUUUGAAGGAGAAGAGGAAGAAGAGUCCGAGGGUACAAGUUCAUAUAACGAGGAUGAUUCUGAAUACACAGAAGAUGAAGAUGAGGAAGAUCAAGAAGAGGACGAAAAUGCUCACCAAUUACCCUUCUGGUUUGGUGUAGAAGAAGCGUGUCACAUAUCUGAGGUCAUUAAGCGUUACAGCACUUUCCUCAAAUUGAACGAAAAAAGAGGAGCUAACAGCAGACUUCCCGUUCGAUUUGUUGGUAAAGUACAACGCUCAGUAAUGUCCUUAAUAUUCAACGAGGAUAGAGAAGUUGAGUCUAUGAAAACAUUCGAUGAAGUUCAUAUUUAUGAAAAAUCUUCAUCGCUUAUGUAUGGCGCUGUUCAUCCUAAAGUUUCCGAAAUUUUACUUGAAACUGAAUAUGACUGGCAAGGAAUUCCAACAAAAUUUGUAAAAAAGAAGACUAGUGAGAAACCAGACGAUCUAGAUGAAAGAUAUUGUAGCUGGCUAUUCUGCUAUCCAAUUUACGCCUCUGAUAAAUUUGGUUAUGAAUCUGUCUUGGGAGAUGAAGAUAUUGACCACAGAAAAGAUAUUGGAUAUUGUGACUUGUAUAAUAAGUGCCUCCAACGACUUUCAAUAUCAAAAGCAAAGGAAUGUAUUGGAAGCCCAGAACAAAGCCAGUUUUGUUAUUCACCCUCAAUCAAUGAUGACACCAAUUCUGACGAAGAAGAGAAUGAAAAUAGUGACAAUGACGAUUUAGAUCAUUUGCCAAGCUAUAUGAAGGAUUUGAUUCCACAUCUAUCAGGCUCAGGGCCCUUAGAAGUUGAUAGAUGUUUUGGUUACUUUGACGACGACAAGUAA